CAGGCUAGCCCGCACUGAAAGUUUCAUUAUUUUUAAGUUUAGCGUCGCAAUGUCUACAGCAGUUUACGUUUUGUUGUUGAAAGUACUCUGGACGUUAUGUUGGGCAUCGUCGCUCACAGGCCCCGAAGAAGCGCGGGGCCUGGCCGAGCAUAUUCUGGCUAUACCCAACGCGGAGAAGGUGCUCAACUCCGUGCUGGGCCAGCUGGAGUACAACCUGCAUGUGGCGGACCAGCGGUAUCUGCAGGACUCCGAUUGUGGGGAGGUUCUACCGGAGUACACCGAAUCCAUACAGGACAGCCGGGAACGAAGCUCGCGCCAACUCUUUCAAAAACAUUCACCUUUGUGCCAGUUGGAAAAAAAAAUCCGGAAACUCACUACGACUGAGUACGAAUACCGGCCAGCUUACUACGAGGAGGUCCGGUGUGUUUCGGGAGAGGACGGCGGGAGUGUCUCCAAUAAAAUAUGUUCUAGUCUCGGCUUGUCUUGUGUGCAAUGGAAUAAAACUAUUCACUUGACUAGGAGACGAUAUACAAGUGACUGUUGGGAGACAAGAACCCUUAUUAUUCCGGCCGGGUGCGAAUGUCUCUGGCCAAAUCAGAAGCUCGGCGACAUAUCUCUACACAUUUGAAAAUUACAAUCAGUGCUGCUUCUUGCAUGAUGAUGCUCCUUGGGAUCUGGAUUAUUAAAAUAAGCAAUGAAGUCAAAUAAAUACAUACGUUUCUACAACGUCA